AUGAGGCCCCUCAUAUCCCUCCUCGUUCUCCCUUUCUCUGCGAUCACCGGCGUUGUAGCCUACGAUGCUAGAGCUUACACAUUUGAUCCGCAACAAUUACCUGUGCCUCCGGUUAAUCGGGUAGUAACUCCAGAGACAGCCAGGCUUAUAUUAAUUAGCAGAUUAGGGCUGUCGGAAUGUUCGACAUUAGGUUCUGUCGACGAGACUGUCAUCCGGGAUCUGAAUACAUUUGGAGGAAAACAGACGCCUAUCAUGGAAGAUGCAAUGUCUGAUGGCGAUUAUUCGAAGUUGCUACUUGUGUGGGAAGGUGUUGAUAUUCCUGAUCUUGCCUCCGCUUCGAAAUAUUCCUCGAACUCUUUUACCAUUCCCACUGCGCCCAAUGAUCUAGUCGAUGGCUCGUUUAUCAAAAAAUUACUAGCUCAAUCUUCCACAGUGCGAACCACUUCAAAACUUUGUCCCUUCGAUUUCGAUGUAGAAGGUGGAUUCCGGGGAUCCCUAAUUCUGUAUACGAGUCAGUGUCCUUCGGGGAAUAAUCUCUUCCCCUCAGGAACCUCGAGAUUUAGUGAAACAGCAUUUCUCAAAUUCCUGGCUCGAGGUGCCCGGUCCUGGGGAGGCGAGCAUACAACCGCUAUACUAAGGAUAUCUUCUGGGUCAAAUACCCCAGCUGUCCGAAAGACGGUCUUUUCAACCCUUGCGGAACUCAGCAUCCUCGCAAAGGAAUCCAGGCAAGAAUCCACAAUGAUAUUUGCCGAUACUGUCCCACCAUACCGCACCGCCAACCGCCCAUACAAAGAAAGAGAACGCAGCAUACUGGAACCCAGACAGCCCAAAGACGCAAAUGAUAUGACGCGAGGCCACAAAUUCCCGUCCGCCAUGAUGCCCUUUUGCUACAACGACAACAGAACUUGCACAGAGGCGACCAAUAGCUGCUCCGGUCAUGGUUCUUGUUACCGUAAAUUCGGUUCCAAGGAGGGCUCCAAGGGAGACUGCUAUGCAUGCAAAUGCGGCCGAACCGUCGUACGUACGAAUCAGGAUGGAAGCGUGAAAACCGUCCAAUGGGGAGGGCCUGCGUGCCAGAAGAAGGACGUCAGUAUUCCAUUCUACAGUAUCGCUGGGAUUUCAAUCUUGGUGGUGUUUUCUAUUGCGGGAGGUAUCAGGAUGCUCUUCAGUGUUGGAAUGGAGGAGUUGCCGAGCGUUCUUGGUGCAGGAGUUGCUGUUCCGAAGUCACAAAAGUGA